GCCGCAAAGUUUGGACAGAAUCAGCGUAGGAAAGGGAGAAGGUGCCCUCAACAAAGAUGGCGGGGAGGGAAGAAGGCAGGCCUAGGGGACAAAAGAAGGCGGGGCUAAAGAUAGUGACGCAGAAAGGCUGCGACGCCUGGAGCUGAGGGAAGCAGGACGGUGGGCCGUGCGGGAUGCCCAAGAAGUUCCAGGGGGAGAACACCAAGUCGGCAGCCGCCCGGGCCAGGAAGGCCGAAGCCAAGGCCGCGGCCGACGCCAAGAAGCAGAAGGAGCUGGACGAUGCCUUCUGGAAGGAUGACGACAAGCACGUCCUGCGCAAGGAGCAGCGCAAGGGUGACCGCGAGAAGCGCCGGGUGGAGCAGCUGGAGCGGAAGAAGGAGCUGCAGCGCCUCCUGGAGGAGGAAGACGCGCAGCUGAAGGGCAAGGCCCCCAAGGGACCCCCGCCCCCGGGGAAGGUCACCCGCGCCCAGAUUGAGGAGACCCUCCGCAAGGACACCCGGGAGGACGGCGAGGCCCCAGGAGAGAAGCCGAAGAGCCACCUGGAGGCGCCCCUGGAGGAGAACGUCAACCGGCAGGUGCUGGAGGAGGGGGCCGUGGAGGCCAGGACCAUCGAGGAGGCCAUCGCCGUGCUCAGUGUGGCGGAGGAGGCGGACCGUCACCCGGAGCGGAGGCUGAAGGCGGCGUUUGCGCAGUUUGAGGAGGCGCACCUCCCGCGGCUGAAGGCCGAGCACCCCAACAUGCGCCUCUCGCAGCUGCGCCAGGCGCUCAAGAAGGAGUGGGCCCGCGCCCCCGAGAACCCCCUCAACCAGCGGCACCUCGCCUACAACACCACUCACAAGUGACACUCACUCUCCCCACACUCACCCUGCAAAAUAUCACCACCGGAAAUGGCCAAAACGC